AACAUGGCGGCCUCUGUUUCACCCCUACGCUCCUCCUUCAGGAUUUGUACCCCGUUGAGCGCGCACUUUCACCGCUGCCGGGCCAAACCGCGGAUGCGCAGGAAAUUCGAGAGUCAGAGGAGACAUGUCCACCAGUCGGCGACGAGGCAUGCUGCUGUGGUGAUUUCUGGAACAGAGUUGGCUCGUCAGCUCCACAGAGAGAUCCAGCGCGAUGUGGAGGAUCUGGUAGCUCAGGGGAACAUGAGACCCCACCUGGGAGUGGUCUUAGUCGGAGAUGACCCAGCCAGUCGUACCUACGUUAGGAACAAGACUCGAGCAGCCAACAUCCUAGGUAUAUCCAGUGACACAGUGGUGCGACCCAGCUCCGUGUCCCAGGAGGAGUUGCUGGAGCUGAUUGACAAGAUGAACCGUGACUGGAGGGUUAGUGGCCUGCUGGUGCAGCUGCCGCUUCCAGAGCACAUUAAUGAGCGUGCAGUCUGCAACGCCAUCGCUCCAGAGAAGGAUGUUGAUGGCUUCCAUAUUGUGAACAUUGGGAAGCUGUGCCUGGACCAGAGAUCCAUGGUACCGGCGACACCUUCAGCUGUCUGGGAGAUGAUCAAAAGAGCAGGCAUUGACACUGUGGGAAAGAAUGUCUUGGUCGCUGGUCGCUCCAAGAAUGUUGGAAUGCCGAUUGCAAUGUUACUGCACACUGAUCGCAACCAUGAGCGCCCCGGCGGUGAUGCGACAGUGACCAUCGCCCAUAGAUGUACACCGAGGGAACGUCUGAAAGAGCUGACGAGCCUGGCUGAUAUCAUUAUUGCAGCCGCAGGUGUUCCUGGCCUCAUCACAGCUGACAUGGUGAAAGAAGGAGCAGCAGUCAUUGACGUGGGCAUAAAUCGCAUCCAGGACCCGCAAACAGGGAAGAUCCGGCUCAUCGGUGACGUAGACUUUGAAGGAGUGAAGGAGAAGGCAAGUUUCAUCACUCCUGUUCCUGGAGGUGUGGGCCCGAUGACCGUGGCCAUGCUGAUGAAGAACACUGUGACUGCUGCCAGAAAUGCGUUGAUGCAUUAAACACAGCAAGCGUUAGUUUGAAUGAACAUUGAUGCAAACAUUUGUCGAGCAAAACACAUACAAAUGCAGAAGUAUUUGCCAAACAUCUAACACACUUUUAUUUAAAUAUUUAUAACCUUCAAACCAGUUGAUGGGUAUGGCAUUUAUAUUGUUUCAUAUUUAACUUAUUUAAUUCAGAUUUCACUAUUUAAGAAUUUAGACUACUAUUUUUUCUACCGAUGCUGGUUUGGUUCAUUUUAAGCAUGAUAAGUGGAAAAGAAGUCACGAGUAAUAAAAGUAGUGUG